AUGGGAGUGGACAAACCUGACGUUCGCUUUGUGAUCCAUCACGACACACCCAAGUCACUCGAGGACUACGUACAAGAGACUGGUCGCGCGGGUCGUGAUGGUUUGGCAGCCGAUUGUCUUCUCCUAUACUCUUGGCAGGAUGUACAACGCGCACUAUUUCACGCCAAUCAUCCCGCGGAAUCCGAUGCAGUCAUCGCGAACAGAGUGGCGGCCGAGGACCUCAAUACUAGGAAAGCCCUAUCCAUGUCUCGGUACGCGUACGAGACCACAGUGUGCCGCCAUGUUCUAUUGCUGCAUUACUUCGGUCCUUCGGAGCCUACUUCCACGCAUGCUCGUUGCGAGACUGCCUGUGAUAACUGUAUCCGCGGACGGUACCUGACUCAGCGGGUAGUCACCGGGGUCGCCCGGUCUCUAUUGAACCUCUUUAGCUCUCAGGCUAUAAGGGAUAGCGGCGCGCACAAGUACGAGCACAUCAUCAACACUAUCCGCGGAAGCAACGGAAAGCAAACGCUUCCUGGCGCUCGGCGUCUACCGGGGUUUGGUGCCGCUAAAAAGGUUCCUCUUCACAUAGUUCAGGCAGUCAUGAACGCACUUCUGGCCCGCGGCGUUUUACGCGCGGUAUCAGUGACUUCCGACCGGGCGGGGAAUCCACAAUGGAGCACGCGGCUCAAGUACGAGUUAGGACCACGCACUCUCGAAUCGGAGCUUCAGGAGGACACCGAAACAGGUCAAGGCAUGAUCCUCAGGUCAUUCACCGAACACAGUGUACUUAUCGGCGAAGGCGGCUUCGGAGACCCCCUCAGCGACGACGAGGAAUUAGCAGAUGAUGGAUUUCGCUCAUCGGAGGCUGAUGAUGCCGGCGUUAUCUCCGAAUUCGGCGAUAUCUCCGAACUCGGCGGUAUCUUCAGUGUCCGUAAGGGCAAACAACCUGAGCGUUCUCGGGAUGUUACAAGUUGUUGCGUACUGUCAACGGCAUCGGCAAAGCGCGCUCGCGACUCCGAUAAGGCUACGGAGUCGGAGCACCUCGAGCGAACGAACAGAGCGGCGGGCACCUCCACAGCUUGGGGAAUAACCUCGGACCGAGCGAGCGUAUCUCCGCUAGCAACGACAUCUCCGUCGCGUCUCCUGCCCGAAACGAUUGCUCGCAGCUCACGCCCUCGUCUCAGCGCAACCGAGGUGAUCGACAUCAGUGAGGAUGAAGACGGUGGCACCCUCAGAAUCUCGUCUUCCUCGCUUGCCGCUUCCAUCCCACGUCGCAAGCGUGCUCGAACGACAAGUUCGGACACGAAUAUUGCUCCGCACCACACGCUAUCGAGAAUGCAGAUCCUGGAGGGUGUCCGCCGCUCAGUACUCAGUCAGUAUGGCGAACGGCAUAGUAUAUUCGUCGACCAGGAUGUCCUGAGUGACCAAGCGUUGAUUGCCUUGGUCUCUGAAAGACCAGUAGACGGACAAGCCUUUGUCUCUGUACUGAGAUCAUGCGGGGAGCCGGAGCCCGAGAAGAAAUGGACACGAUAUGGUGUCCACUUUCGCAAAGCUGUGAAGAGUCGUCAGUUCGAGGAGGCCUGA